AUGAAUCGGGUACCUUCAAUAUUUCGUUCUUUAGGCAACAGUACCUUGAAAAAUAUCGCUGUCAGUUCUCAAAAUUUCUCUUCGAAUUUGCAGAGUCACAUGAUGCUGAGGACUGCAAGUGCAGCAUCAAUGAAUUUACAAAAUCUGAGAGACAAGAACAACAUUUGGACAGUACCAAAAAUACAGAAUUGCAACAGAUGGAUACAAAUUAGAAUGGUCAGCUCAGGAUGGGUACAGAAUCUGAAGACAAAAAUUGGUUGGCCCCAAAAAUUGAAAUAUUCUAAAUAUAGGCUCGUUGAAUCUGCUUACCGAUUAUAUAUGUGUGCUGUUGAGAUCCCAGACUAUUUUAGUAUGAUUCAUGAUUUACAAAUGCCUGACACUUAUUAUUCAUGGCAUUUAAUAUCAGAGUUACAUAUAUGGAUGGUCUUAGUACGAUUGUCAACUUGUGAAGAAGAAGGAAAAUUUAUACGUGGUCAUUUCAUGAAAGCAUUCUGGGAAGACGUCAAAAAGAGAAGUAGUAAAGUUGGGAGAUCACCAUCUCGACAAGAAGAAUUAAAACUUCUUAAUUAUCAUUUCAACGCCGCUAUCUUCAACUAUGAUGAGGGUUUAUUAAGUGAUGAUCGUGUUUUGGCCAGUUCUUUAUGGAGAAUCUUUUUUGAAGACAAAGUGGCUGAGCCACACUUGCUUGAGCUGAUGGUCCAGUAUGUAAGGAAACAAGUAAAACACCUUAAUGACCAACAAGAUGAUGUAAUACUUCAGUCUGGACUUAUCUCUUUUCUGCCAUUUAACAGUGAUGUGGAGGAUAAAGUAAAGAUCGAAAGGAUAUGGAAGAGAGUUAAAGAAUCAGAUUUACUAAUAAAACCAUAA